UAUAAGCGACGAAAAGCCGUCUUCUUCAUAACAACCAGGAAAGCUGUCUAAAUAGCUGCAGUUUAGGAUUUAUUAGCUCAGUAGUUAAAGCUAAUUUUGCUUUCUGCUACCUGGAGAUGUUUAUUUAGUUAUUUUUAUAUAUUCUUACGGCGUUUUUUCUCAAAUGUAGAUCUUCUUUUUAAAUUUCGCGCUGUUUGCUCCGCCUCUGUUUCGGUCGCCUCCGUUGGUUCCCUCAUCCUGAGCUGAGGUACAGCAGGAGAUUAGUUUAUUCCCGUCGUUAUUAAUCAUCGGUAGACGCGUUUCUUUUUAAAUGGAGGUGACGGAUAUAGGAAACAAAGAAGAAGGAAAGAUUUGGCUUCGAAAACCAACACCUGGCAGAAGGUCUCCUGCCCUUCUCAGAGUAUUGGUGACAGUGGUCCGCACUGCCCAGCAGACCAAGACGGUGCGUUUCUUACAUGUGGCCUUCGACACCACAGGGGACUGCUUCCUGGCAGGAGAUCGCCAUGGCAACAUCUACCUCUUUGACAUCAGCAGAAACAGGUUUCGCUUGGUGCAGAAAACAGGACAAGCGUGUACCGCUAUUGCUUUUAGCCUCCGCAGGACAACUGAGUUUCUUGUAGCUCUGGCUGACUACAGCAUCAAAUGCUUCGACAAAGACACCAAGCAGCUGGUGAGUUGGAUGCGAGGUCAUGAGGGAGCUGUUUCAUCCAUCUCCGUCCAUAGCUCAGGCCGCUACGCUAUCACAACAUCAUCAGACACAGCGCAGCUCUGGGACCUGGACACCUUCCAGAGGAAGAGGAAGCUGAACAUCAGACAGUCUGUCAGCAUACAGAAGGUGUUUUUCCUUCCCCUCAGCAACACCAUCCUCAGCUGUUUCAGUGAUGACUCCAUCUUUGCCUGGGAGAGCGACACCCUGUUCUGCAAAUACCAGCUUCCCGUUCCUGACUCUGAACCCAGAAUCUCUUAUAAGGCCUUUGCUGUCACACGUAAUGGUAAAAGCCUAGCUGCAGGCGGCCGCUCCAACCUGUUACACCUGUGGUGUUUGGAAAGCCAGCAGCUGGUCAGGGUGAUCCAGAUGCCAACUCAGGUCCGAAGUGUCAGGCAGCUGGAGUUCCUGUCUGAGAGCUUUGAUGGAGGAGCCAGCCAGACGUUGGGAGUGUUGAGCCAGGAUGGUGUGAUGCGGUUUGUCAACAUCCUCACAUGCAAACUUCUCUUCCACAUGGGUUCUGUGGAUGAGGCCAUCACAGCCGUCGCAGUCGGCCCAAACAGUCGGCAUAUCGUAGCUAUCAUGGAUAACGGCAGCAUUAACAUCUACAGCAUGCAGAGCGUGACGCAGGAGUUAAACAAGCCUCCUCCGUUUAAGGUAGCUGUGGUCUCUGGAGGGGAAGCUGAUCAGGACUUUUCUAACAUAAAGAUCAAGGUUAAAUCAGAGAAGAUUCAGAGACCAGCCAAGAGCUCAGGCAGAGGAACAAAGGUGAAGACACUAAGGCCACCUGCAGGGUCUGCAGCUGACGACAAAGAGAAUGAACUACCGUCUGGUCUGAAUAAGAAGAGGCUUUUAGCUCUGCUGAAAGCUUUUGGAGAAUUUCCAGCUAAAUACAGGAUGUUUGUAUGGAGGUCUUUGCUGUGUCUCCCAGAGAACUACGCAGCUUACAGCAGUCUGACUGACAAAGGUCUGCAUUCAGCAUUCCUUACCCUGCAUGAUAAGUACCCCAUCAAAAGCCUCAAGCUGCAGAGGGGCCUGCAAAGGGUUUUGUCUGCCUUAGCUCAUUGGGCAGCCAUUUUUGCUGAGGUUGAAUAUCUCCCUUUGGUAGCUUUUCCUUUUGUUAAGCUUUUCCAGAACAAUCCCAUGCUCUGCUUUGAGGUGGUGGCUACUGUCAUAGUGAACUGGUGCCAACACUGGUUUGAGUAUUUCCCCAACCCUCCUCUGAACAUCCUGAGCAGGGUAGAGAACGUUCUGGCGCAUCACGACAAGGAGCUGCUGCAGCACCUGGUGGACUGCGGCAUCUCCUCACAGCUGUAUUUGUGGCCCCUGUUGGAGACGUUAUUCUCAGAGGUUCUAACACGUGAUGAGUGGCUCCGCCUGUUUGACAACAUCUUCUCCAACCACCCCUCCUUCCUGCUGAUGGCCUGUGUGGCUUACGUCAUCUCCUGUCGGGAACCUCUGCUGCUGUGCUCCCAGAAGAAGGACUUUGAGUACUUUUUUCACCAUCGAAACAACCUGGAUGUUGGGGCUAUGAUAAAGGAGGCUUACAGGAUCAUGUGCAGCACGCCAGCGGACAUUCACCCCCAAACCAUGCUCUCCGACUUUACGCCCCUCACCAGCGGCCAAUACCCCGUCUUCAACCAGUACCCAGAAUUCAUAGUGGAAUACCAAAGCAGGGAGAGGGAGCGAAUACGGCUGCAGGAGAUGGAGUAUAUAAAAGAGCGGCAGGAGCUGUCAGCUCUCCGUGCAGAUUUUGUGCUUCGCCAGGCUGAAGAGAAAGCCUACUUUGCCCAACAGGAGUUGCUUCAGAAAGCAGAGGAGCAGCGCAGGAACAUCCUGGCACAGGAAGAGGAGAAGCUAGCACAGCAGAGGAAAAAGUUGGCAGCUAUGAAGAGAGAGCUGAAGGUGAAGGAGUUACACCUGCUGGACGCAACUAGAAGACGCUUUCUGAAACAACAACAGGAGCUCCAAGCCUCACAGAUUCAGAGACUGGAUCAGGAGAUCAGCUGGAAGAUGGAUCUGCGUGAGCAAGAGACGGCUGCAGCAGUUCAGGACCUAGAAGUCAGACAGAUGGAGCUGGAGGCACAGAGGAAGCAACUUGAGCAGGACCUGCUGAAGGAACAGAAGCGUUUUGGACUUGAGGUGGAAGAAGAAGUACAGCUAAAAAUGAGGGAGGCCGAGAGGGCAGAGGAGAGUUACUCAGAGAUGCUGCACAACACAGAGAAAAACCUGCAGGCCCUGGAGGAGUCCCUGGCAGAGGCACACCAGCUGGGCAUGGAGUCCGACUGGCAGAGGGAGGUGCUGGAUCGCCUGCAGCGGGUCGAUGCUGAGCAGGAGAGGAAGAGGGAGAGACUGGCACAGCUUCAAAGGCAAACUCUGGCAGAGGAGGAGAGGCUGGCUUACACCAUGAGAGAAGUGGGAGGAAGAAAACGGGAUGAAGCGGCGAGUAUCAGAUCACAGCUACAGGAGCAGAGAGCUGCCUGGUCCACAGCAGAACCAGGAGUGAGACAGAGGAAGACACAGUCACAGUGUCCGUCUCAAGGACCUUUGCCUAGACCUGCUGCCUCUGUUGCAGCCAAAGGUGUAAAUACAGCUGUGGGAGGCUGCGGGGCCCCCAUCCAGAGGCAGGCAGGAGCCACCAUGGUGUGUCUGAACAGCAGCUCACCCUCAGGGAGCACCUCCACCAACUUCUCCUUGGACCGAGGUCGGGCCCAUUUGGACAGCAGUGAGCGGGAGCUACUGAAGGAAAUCAGGGAACUGAGACAGAAGCUGGCAGCCAGAGCCAGAGAGACCUGCUCAGCCUCCUCACAGUCUGUCCACACGCUGUCUUCUGUCUCCUAGUGACCACCAGCUGCCUUCUGUCAUCUGUCUGUGUUAGGAAACAUAUUCUGAACCUAAGCUCUCUGCAGCAUAACACAAACAGUGACUCAGACUGUGGACCAAACGGACUAGCUGCUGCCUGUUUUUCUGGCACGCAUCCUUCCACCUCAGACGGAUUAUAGGUUUUUAUCUGAUGAUAACUCAAAUAGACUGAAUUUACAAGAUAAUUCUUUUACCUUUUAUCCUUGAUACAUGUUUGCAACUUUAUUAAAUUCAGUUCUUAUUCAGCCUGUUUACGUGUCUCUGCAAUCUCUGCAUCUUUCUUUCCUUAUUUGUCUUUCUUGUUUCAGCUCUUUGAACAGUCCUUACUCAGCAGGUGCUUUAGAAGCAUCAGGG